UUGUCGAACCUCGCUGAGCAGCUUUCGUGAACUCACGCUCCCACUUUUACCGUUAUACGUUCAUUUGGUUUCGUGAACGGACGUAGUUCACUCGCGGACUCAACAGCUUACAUUCCCGUGUCUUCCUUAUCUAAUUAGUCAAUUCCCGCUAAUUGGAGCGAGGGUUUCCCCUAACGAGCGUGUUGUUGUGGUAAUCUUUACCUAGGGCAGUGCGUCACGGAGUUGCGCCGCGCCGGCAGUCCGCGUAAACAAGUUGUAGUUUGCCAGCUAGGCACCAUGCGGUCGCUACCACAUCCAUAUGCCGCUUAAUUUUUUAUUAAUAUUCACUUAAGUAUACCACAAUUCCUCAGUUACCAUUACCAGGAUUAUACAGUGUAUCGUACAAAGUGCUUCAAAAACAUUUUUAGUGUUUUUUUCCUCAACUGGACAGUUUUGUGUGAACAACUAAUGUUAAUAGUGUUGAUGUAAUAUCCAUGCAAACGUGAAGUGUUUAAAAUGGAUAAAAAACUAGAUUUAAUGUCUCUAUUUGAGUCGGACCCCUGGCCGACAUCAGAUGACCUGCUGGAGAACAUAUUCUCCUUGGAGCAAGGUUCUCUCAACUUCCUUGAGGAUGCUAUGCCCGACUUCAACCUGUGUGACAAUGUCUCCCAACCCUCGGAAGCUAUUAGCAGCUCAUGUUCCGACAGUGGGCUGUCAAGCGACCAGGCUGAAUUUGACUUCGAGCAGCAACUGUCCCCAUUCCUGAUCCAGAACUCUUGUGACGAGGAUGCCGGCGCCUCCCCCAUAGGCCUGGAGCCCACCAGUCCUGGCACCAGUCAGGACGUGAUCAUCCAGGACUCCAGCGAUGGCUCCAACUCUUCGAGCGAAGUCGUCGAUGAGACCUUUGAUAUGCUAAACUUCGAACAGAAUGUUGUUCCCGGAUUCCUUAACAAAAAUACAUUCCAAAGUCCUGGUAAAGGCAACAGAAAACGGCGUCUCUCUCAAACGCCACAGGUAGCCGUGCAACCGAAAGUCCAGAAGCCCACUAUCAAAAUCGCAGCCAGUACAAGCACACCGAAACCGCAGUUGGUAGUCAAGGCACAGCCUCAGAAACCCGUCAAGGUCGCCAACAUUCAAGUGCUGAACCCGCAGACUAAAGUAUACUCCAAACCAGUAGAAAGUGUGGCCCCCCAACGACGAGUGAUCCGCGUGGCUCCCAUGGCCGGCAACCCUCGCUCUAUCCUCCUACCAGUCACGAUAAAAGACAUGAAAGACCUGAAAUCCAUAAAGAUCAUUAACGCUGCGGACUUGAAAAACGCUUCAAACAUCAAAUUGGCCGCAGCUAAUCUGUUGUCGCAGAGCAAACUGCAAGACUUGAAGGUUGAGGCGCGCGAUUAUGAUUACGACCACAGUGGAAACAAUUGCGAUGACUCAGGUAGCGAACGGAGCGAUGACGACGACGACCACAAGGAUGCAGUCCCCGAUGGCAAGAACGGCUACCCUCGUUUAGUGCUCACUGCUGAGGAACGACGGUUGUUAGCUAAGGAAGGCAUUACCCUACCCACAAGCUACCCCCUCACUAAGCACGAAGAAAGAGAAUUGAAAAGGAUCAGGCGCAAAAUCAGAAAUAAGAUCUCAGCUCAAGAUUCCCGUAAAAGGAAGAAGGAGUAUGUUGACGGGCUCGAAGACAGAGUUAAACAAUGCACAGCGGAAAAUCAGACGCUCAUUCGGAGGAUAAAGAUUCUGCAAUCACAAAACCAAUCUCUGUCCGCGCAACUAAAGAGAUUACAGAACGUGCUAACAGGCGUGACAGGCGGCUCCACAAACAAGACAGCGCAGCCAGCCACAUGUCUGCUAGUGCUGCUGCUGUCCGUGGCGCUGGUGGCGCUGCCGUCCAUGCGCGAGGAGAUCCGUCCCCGCGCCGCCGACACGCCGCCCUCGUCGCCCGCCGUCACUAGGGCGCUGCUCUCCGCUUCCAAUAAAAUGGCGCUCGACGAGACCGUCAUAGAUGACGGAGAGUUCAAUAUGGAUGAGCUGAUCACAUUCAACCGCCCACACUCGGACCACGACUACCAAGUCGUCAAGAACACGGAGACGCACAAGGUGCUCGCCGGAGGCUACGUGGACCUUCCAAUCGAUGAGGACUGGCCACCAAACCUGAAGAAACUCAUGAAAAAACACGACCUCGAUUACAACGACGGCGAAUACAUGCCGCCUAUCGUCAAGGAGGAGAACUAUGAACCUUAUUACAAGAUAGAUAAGUUCAAAACCGAAGACGAUGGCGAUAUCAUGAACGAAAAAAGCUUCCUCACCAACACGCUGAUCUCCACGAGCCGCAAGCUCGGCGAACUGCUCGACCUCCUGCCUCCCAUACCGGUUAAAACUGACGACUUAGUCAUCGAGGAGAUCUCCGACUACGACUCCAGGAAUACCACUGAAGUGAAGAGUUUCGUAGUCAACGGCACCCUCAACGAUAUCUAGCUUAGCAAUUAGCACACAUUCUAUAUUUUUAUUUUCUUUAUUAUUCCUUGUUGUUUCCUUUCAGAUAACUAUUUUACUAUUAUUUUACAGAGAAUGUAUUUUUUACAAUUAUAUUGUUUCAAUGAAAUUAUUCCUCGCGUGUAGUUGGUCGGGAAUUUGAUUGUGUGUGUUUAUUUCGACUGUCGGUCGUGAAGUGCUGGCUCAGUGUUUGGAGUCAUGCUGACUACCCUUGGAAUUAGUCUCUAGGUUAUACAUAAUAAUUAUGUUUAUGUUAGUGAGAACGCUAUGAAUGAUUUUAUUUAGUUGUUAAGUAUUAUUAAAACUUGAAGUAUGGUUAUAUGUCAGUUUCUGGGAAUGAAAGUUGUUGAAAUAUUUAUUCGAGAAAUCAAAAUUAAUAUAUAAUGAAAUCAAGAUAUAUUUUUUAUUUACGAAUCAUACUUUAGGCGAGUUUAGUAUAAGUUAUUUACUAAGCAUUUUCUCUGUUACGACUUGGUGCAAUUAUAUUAGUAACUGAAGGUUCAGUUUUUAGCUAGAUUUUGAUUUUAAGUAAUUCAUUUGCAUUAGAUAUAGCUCGUUUUACCUACUUACCAUAUAAGCGUUUAAACAAAAUGGACUACAAUACUGAAUGCUGGUUCGAAUAAAUUGUGUAAUAAAAA